UCAAUCGCCGCCGCAGCUCACUGCGUUUCCGUAGCCAGGUUUGCUACCCGCUGAGCCCUGACCGGGGGAGACAGCUCACCGGAGACGGUUGAUCCCGAUCGAAUAACGCCAAGAAAACUACAAAAACCGGCGGACAUGAAUGGCGGAUUACCACUGACGUCGGAACGGGACUCGCUGAAUAAAUGUCCGAAGCUCGGGUGUUUUUUUGGAGAGUGCGCUGGCAGCAACACCCUCCGUAACAUGUGAGAUGUCUACGGAACGAUAUUAAACCGUGCGUUUAAUUCGGCUAACUAGCGAGCAGCUACUAGUUCUCUACCCGAUUUAUGGUCGUUUUCUCGCAACCGUUUGUACCCGGAGUCAAAAUGAAGAAGUUCAACAUUAGGAAGGUGCUGGACGGCUUGACAGCGGCUUCUUCUUCCUCCUCUUCCUCCGCGACCGCCCAGCCGGGCUCCAGCCGGGAGAACGACGUGAUCCAGGAGACCCUCCAGUCGGACCAUUUCCAGCUUUGCAAGACUGUGCGUCAUGGCUUCCCAUAUCAACCAUCCUCCAUGGCUUUUGACCCCGUGCAGAAAAUCCUGGCCGUCGGGACUCAGACCGGAGCGCUGAGGCUCUUCGGCUGUGCGGGUGUGGAGUGCUACUGUCAGCAUGAGAGCGGCGCCGCCGUCAUCCAGCUGCAGUUCCUGAUCAACGAGGGGGCGCUGGUGAGUGCCUUAGCCGAUGACAGCAUCCACCUGUGGAACCUGAGGCAGAAGACCCCUGCGAUCCUGCAUUCUCUCAAGUUCAGCAGGGAGAGGAUCACAUACUGCCACCUGCCCUUCCAGAGCAAAUGGCUCUACGUCGGCACCGAGAGAGGAAACAUCCACAUUGUCAACGUGGAGUCCUUCACCCUCUCGGGCUACGUCAUCAUGUGGAACAAAGCCAUCGAACUAUCCACGAAGACACACCCGGGUCCUGUCGUGCACAUCAGUGACAACCCCAUGGAUGAAGGAAAGCUCCUGAUUGGAUACGAGUGUGGGGUCGUGGUGUUGUGGGACUUGAAGUGCAAAAAAGCUGACUGCCGCUACAAUUAUGAUGAGGCGAUCCACUCGAUAGCCUGGCACCACGAGGGCAAACAGUUUGUCUGCAGCCACUCCGACGGCUCUCUGACCACCUGGAAUAUACGAAUCCCAGCCAAGUCUGUACAGAUCAUCACACCUCAUGGAAAGCAGCCCAAGGAUGGAAAAAAGCCCGAGCCAUGCAAGCCUAUCCUGAAGGUGGAGUACAAAACAACAAGGGCUGGGGACCCGUUCAUGGUCCUGUCUGGAGGUCUGUCUUACGACACGGUGGGGAGGAGAGCCUGUCUGACUGUGAUGCACGGAAAGAGCACCACGGUCCUGGAGAUGGACUACCCCAUCGUCGAUUUUCUAACGCUGUGCGAGACUCCGUAUCCAAACGACUUUCAGGAGCCGUAUGCCGUGGUGAUCCUCCUCGAGAAGGAUUUAGUGUUAAUAGACCUCGGCCAGAUUGGGUACCCGAUAUUUGAGAAUCCAUAUCCUCUGACUAUCCACGAGUCACCGGUGACCUGCUGUGAAUACUUUGUGGACUGCCCUGCGGAACUCAUUCCUGCGCUUUACUCUGUGGGCAGCCGGCAAAAGAGACAAAGCUACAGCAAGAAGGAAUGGCCCAUUAGUGGAGGAAACUGGGGCCAAGGCACUCAGAGUUACCCAGAGAUUAUUAUCACUGGACAUGCUGACGGGUCGAUCAAAUUCUGGGACGCUUCUGCAUUAAUGCUUCAAGUGCUGUACAAGCUCAAGACUGCCAAGGUUUUUGAGCGGGCUCGCGGUAAGGAGGAGAAGGCCAACACCGAGAUAGUCGAGGAGGACCCCUUCGCCAUCCAGACCUUGUCCUGGUGCCCUGAGAGCAGGAUGCUGUGCGUGGCCGGGGUGUCCGCCCACGUCAUCGUCUAUCGCUUCAGCAAACAGGAAGUCACGACUGUAGUUGUGCAGCUUUUGGAGGUGCGGAUGCAGUGCGAGCUUAACGGCGGGGACUCCCCUGAUCCAGGAGGGGAGCAGACCCCCACCCUGCCCCCCCCGGGGGGAGCUUCCUCCAGCCCGCAGGACAGCGAGCCUCCCGCUCAGCCGUCCACGGGCAGCGGCAACAACUCCUCCGACGGACCCAAGGACAACAUACCAUGCCUGCAGGUGCGCAGCGCCCCGCUGAAGCAGUCUCCGGGCUACCAGGUGGAGCUGGUGAUCCAGCUGGUGUGGGUGAGCGGGGAGCCUCCUCAGCCAAUCACCAGCCUGGCUUUCAACUCCUCCUACGGCCUCGUGGUGUUUGGCAACAGUAACGGUCUGGCUGUGGUCGACUACCUCCAGAAAGCUCUGCUCCUCCACAUGGGCACGUCGGAGCUGUACAGCCCGGCCGAGCCCUACCAGAGGCAGCCGCGCUCCCCACGCAAAGUGCGACAGCCGUCUGGAGACAUUCCAACUGGCAAGUCUUGCAUGUCCAGACUUUCUAACAUGUAUUCUGAGUCUGUGAAAAAACUCCUUUCAUCACACUUCACAACCUGUGACUCAAACGACGGGUCCAACACCACAGAGGACCGCUGCAAAUCCCCGACUUCAGGAUCUACCUCACCUUGCAAUUCUGACGAUGAGAGAAAACAGAAGUUCAUAGAGAAGGUGAAGUUAAAAAGCAGACGCUUUUCCAAGACGGUUGCCAAUGACUUUGCCAAGAUGUCACGGAAAAUUAACUCGUCUAGCGAGCAAAAGACUGACCUGGCAAAGGAGCGGUCCAAACAAUGGCGCUCUGUCACAUGUAAGAAGCAGAUUUGUUGUGCGAGCGACGGCAAGGCGGCAGGCACAGCGACGACCCAGAAGGGGGCCGUCUGUAGAACGGCGUCAACCCCCAACUUGCAUGCCCGGGAUAACUCGUUCACUCGCUCGCGUAGUUCAAGUGUCACCAGCAUAGACCGAGAGUCUCGAGAGGCCAUCUCCUCCUUUCACUUCUGCGAGAGUUACCCCAGGAAGAACGACGUCGCAGUCGGCCCCUGUGUGCUGGUCGGGACCACCCAGGGCACGGUGCUGAUGGUGGCCCUCAGCCUGCCGCCCGGCGGGGACCAGAGGCUGCAGCAACCAGUCGGCAUCUCCCCCUGUGGCAGUAUGGUCACACUCAAAGGAGGCAUUCUGACGAUGGCCCUGCUGGACGCCACUGGAGCUCUGCUGCCCCCUGCCUACGAGCCGUGGUAUGACCCAAACGCCUCGGACGAGGAGAAGGAGAAGAGCCGGAGGCGCAGGCCGGCCUCCCCUCCCUCGUCUCAAGACGGUCCGGACCCCCAGUUCGCCGUGCUGUGUUCGGAGAAACAGGCCAAGGUGGUGGCCAUGCCCUCCCAAACGCGCAUCUACAAACACAACAUCACGGAGACCUCCUUCGUGCUCAGGGCGGACGUUGUGCAGAUGGGCGGAGCCUACUGCAUCGCCUGUUUCUGCGCCAACGGGCAUAUCAUGACUCUGAGUCUGCCCAGUCUGCGGCCUCUGCUGGACGUGAACUACCUGCCGCUGACGGACAUGCGGAUAGCCAGAACGUUCUGCUUCUCCAACCUGGGUCAGGCCCUGUACCUCACCUCCCCCACGGAGAUCCAGAGGAUCACCUACAGCCAGGAGACCUGCGACAAUCGGCAGGAGAUGCUCAGUGAGUUAUUUACCCCCGUGGAGACGCCAGAGGCUCCCAACAGAGGGUUCUUCAAAGGCCUGUUUGGGGGAGGAGCUCAGUCACUGGACAGGGAGGACCUCUUUGGAGAGACGGGUGCUGGCAAGGCCUCCCGCAGCCUGGCCCAGCACAUCCCGGGCCAAGGGGGCAUGGAGGGCAUGAAGGGCGCCGCGUCCGGGGUGGUGGGGGAUCUGGCCCGCGCGCGGAUAGCUCUGGACGAGAGGGGGCAGAAACUGGGGGAGCUGGAGGACAGAACGGCCGCCAUGAUGGCCAGCGCCGAUUCAUUUUCAAAACACGCUCAUGACAUGAUGCUGAAGUACAAAGACAAGAAGUGGUACCAGCUCUGAUGGCAGCGUGUGUCCUCCAUUAGACUCUGUCAUCACACCAGGAUCGCUUCUUUUCUUCAAUAUUUCUCUCCACGGGGGUGGGGUGGGGGGAGGGGUUCUGCUCAACACAGACUUAUGCUUUCAUUCUCAGCACAAUAUCACACACCCUGCGUUACCUCAGCCACCGGAGGAGGAGGAGACGCCGGCCGACCACACGUCAUGAGAAAUGGAAGAAGAGAAGCUGUGAGGAAUCGACGAUGUUCAUGUGACAUCUUUUUCACAGAGCAGGAGAGAGGUGACCUUUCAUAUCCAUCAGUCAUGCACUCGUAUAUAUAUAUUCAGAUCUCAUGAAUGUGUGUAUAUAUAUAUAUAUAUAUAAACACACCCUGCUGUUUUGUUCUGAAGGAGGCUGAAAGACAAUCUGCUAUACAUGUACGUUGGUGGCCUGAUUGCAAUCGUUCUCGCUCUGCCCUUUAUGAUGUCUGUCAAACACAUGAGGAGAAAAGUCUGAUGACCCUUUGACCUUCAUGACUAAUCAAGUCACUGAAGAUGUCCGUUUCUAUAGGAAUGAUUGGAUCAAUGUAGGACUCCAGUCUGUUUGGUUUUCCCUGUUUUUAUUUUAUUUUUUAGAUUUGUCCUUCUGCCGGUCUGUCAAGAAAUGUCCUUUCCCGCAGGUAGAACUGUCAAAACUAGACAGGGAGACGAUGAAUCUGUCGCCUCUCACCGAAUAAGGGCUGGUAGCAUCACCAACGAUUCCUUUAUUACAGCAUUUUUUGAAGAUCCCUUUCGUUCCUAUUUAAAAUUAGUCUAUUUAUUGGAACCGUAUAAUGGAUGAGAAGUAAAAUAAGUUUGUAUGUUGGGCAUUGAAUUGUUUUUUUUCCCUUUGGUGAAUUAAAUGCGCAAAAAUAAAAGUGCUGAAAAAAUUUUACCCCUGAUGAAGAAAAGUUUACACUGAUCCGUCAGAAGAAUGAAGAGUUGAUACACUGUCUGUCUUUCAAGGGGCUGUAGUCAUGUAUAGGAAGAAGGAUGUGUUGGAGGGCAAUACAAAGAUUGUCCAUAUUAUGAUUCGCAGAAAUGUAUAUUUUGGUUACACUUUUUUUUUUUUUUUUGGAGAUAAAGAUUCUAUCUAUACACAAUUAUUCACAUUUCUUUUUGUCAUUCUGUCGCAGCUGAUUUUGGAUUCCUCAAUGUGUAGGGGGGGAAGCAUGCGUCUCUUCCAGCACACUGGAAAGGGUAAAGCCGUCCUGGUAGUCAUGGCUACCAGUGGAAAUGGCCGAGCACCAGAGUGUUCCACGCAGUUCCACUGGUCAUCUCUCGGUUUCUUAUCUGCCUUUUUACCUCAUGAAGCAUAUAACCUAGCCUCUACCUAUGUGUAUGUCUCUGUGUGUGUGUGUGUGUGUGUGUGUGAACAUGCAUAUAUUCAGGAAUAUGUGUAUGGGCGCCAAUAUUUAUAAUACUACAGAGUGUAUUACAAUUGGUCUUUGAGGUUGAUUUGCUUUUGCUUGACAGUGUUUUUUUCAAUGUGGUUUGACUAGAGUUCUAUUGUACUCAUUAAUUUUGUCCAUGAGGCGCCAGGAUAUGCUGCUAUUUGUGUCCACGGAGGAGCAUUAUCUGUUGGUCUUUUAUUUUGAUAAAGAGAAGAGAGAAUUGUUUUGUCCAUCCAGAUUGCUGCCAAAUGUUGUAAAUAACUGGGACAGCUGGACACAAAUCUGACAGUGCAGGUUCAGGCAGCGUGACGUGCGGCGGCUCAUGCUCUUUUCCCGACACCAAAGAGUUGCUUAAUUUCACAGUUAUCUUGAUUUUUUUUUUUCUCCAAAUAGUAAGAGUCAGUCGACAACUUGACUCGAGAGUUCCGUCCAUCGUCUCCAGACGGAGGGUAGAUUGGCUUUAGUUUAUUCUCAGGGGCACGACACACGCUUUGCCCAAAGAGUACACGUGUUCCGAAGACGGGCAACGUUAAUUUGAACAGUUUGAUUCCAAAAAUGACAUCAUCUGGCUCUUAAGUGGUAUUAAAUCCGGUAUACUUUAGAGGUGUUGAGUUUCGAAACUGCCCCACUGUGAACUGCCAAGAUAAACUCAUCUGAAAGACCGCUCUGUGGGUUUUGCACUAUCUUUCUUUUUUUGUACUUAAAAAAUAAUUGAGUUAGUAUUGUUUUUAAUGGGUUUAUUUUUCUCUGUCCCAUUUUCUUGUUUUUUCAAAAAGGACCAAAACAUGACAUAACCUAUAUGCUUAUCCAUGUCAUUUGCUAAUUAUGCUGAUUGCCUCACUCUCAGAUUUGUUUUCAAUGUCGGGUUAAUGAUAAAUUUAUAUAUUUGAAAACCUAUAUAUAUAUAUCUAUGUGUAUAUAUAUGUGUGUGUAUAUAUAUAUAUCUAUAGUUUUAAUUUAAAUAAUCUAUUAAAAAUGAAUGCCUUUAAUGUAAUUAAUUUCAGAUGGAAUAACUCGCAUUAAUGUCCAAAACAAAUGGUUGUCCAUAAUUAUCCGUCCCCCAUACAUGACAAUAGACAUUUCUGGUUCUGUAGGGAACGCGCUCAUCAAAAACCCAAAUGUUGCUCCUGCAGGAGAGUCGCCUCCUCCAGGUGGGCCGCGGAGUCUUUCUCCAAGGCGUGGCCUCGACUUUAAAAGUGCUUCAGUUUGCAACAUAUAUGGUCUAAAUGGUCUCUUAUUGCACAUUGAAGGAUGCAUGAUAUUAAGUGUUUACAAACUUGAAACAACCAUGAGAUUGUCUGUCUAUUUCUGGCAUUUGUAUUUCACCACCACGUUGAACAAAAGUGAAGUUCUCAUCGGGCGUCUGAAGGUGUCCCAAUUUUAUUUGAUCAUGCCAAUUGUGUAAGUGUGAGAGAUUAUGUUUAUUGUAUUGGUACAUCCUGUUUAUGUUCCCGUUUGCUUGAUGGAAACUCUUGCCCUCCCUGCACUGUGGAAGCGCGGAGGAAUCUAAAAGCUCGGCUCACAGCGCCGUGCAGGAGAGCGCGAGGGUUUCUCAGUCGCCAUACUUCCAUACCAUCUGUCCGUCUUCUGGGAUGAAUAUCUGUGGAGUUUGCAGUAUUUUCUCAUAAUAGUCCAUUUUUGUACAGUUUUAUUAAAAAUAAAUUUCACAUGGAUGUCUGACUUAAUCUGCUGCCAUAAACAAUUUAGACUGUAGAUACAAUAUAUAUAUAUAGAUAUUAUUGUGCAAUGGAAAAUAAAUGUAAAACCAAUCAUAAAACCA